AGGAGGAAAGAAAAAGAGAACAGCUUAAGAAUCUUGGCUCAGCCUGGGAAUAUUUCCUCCCAGCUCUCUGGCUAAACCUCAGCACAAGGGGCUGGACGGUCGAUGUAGAGCCGAGGAAGCAGCUGCAGGGCUCUCCAGCAGGACUACGACAGAGCCUGGGGCGUUUGAGACCAUGCUUCUCGUGUGGACACUGGCUUUUGCUUUAGUCCUGCAGGAGCAGGAGAUCCUAGCGGCUGCAGACCCUGAGAGCGUGUUCCCCGGAGGCUGGGAGAGAGCAGCCUGGUGCAACGAACAGGCAGCCCUCAGCGAGCGCCUGGACGUUAUUGAAGAGAAGGUAAUAAAAACAGUGGAGUAUCUGGAAUCAGAGGUGAAGUCUCUACUGGAGAGUGUCCGCGAGACGGCCCAGGACAUCCCCGUGACUCCUGAAACCCCUCUUGGAGACAUUUUUGAUGAUGUCAGCUGAACACUGGCAAGAUGGAAAAGAUCUGAAUCCAACAGUAUGGUUGUUGUACAUAGUUAAACUUUUGCUCCCUUAAUAAGCUUCUUUGUUAUUUCCACAAUUUGAGCUGGGUUGAACAGCCUAGAGCAGCAGUUUGCCUUCCAUGUUUCUGUGCUUUCUAAAUAAAGAAAAAAAUGCCUUUAUAUCCUUUCAAAGCUUUACAUCUAAAACCUUUCAGUAGCCAUGCUUCAGGCUGUACUUUGAGUACAACCUUCUCAGCAAGAGAAACAAGAUCACUCAGGGGUUUGGACCAAAGCUCAGCUAACAAACAACCCUUGCUACAAAAUGAUAUUCCUUCCCUGGCAAGGGACCUGAACCCUUGCCAUUGGUGUGAAGCCAUGAAGAUGCACUUUCCGCUGCAGCUUCCCCUCAAGAUACACUUAGAUUGUCUGAUUGAAAAAAAAGGAGAACAUGGAGCACCCUGGCUUGGAGGUAGUCACAUUGCUGCCAAUGACUAAAACUGUCGCGACGUGUGUACGUCUUAGCCAGAAUCUGGACUGAGAUUUGUGCUUUGGAAACGGAAACAUCUUAUGCUAACAGCUUUGUACUCCUCAACCUCCCUUCUACUGCGCUAAAAACCCAACCCA